CUUGGCCGUUGCUGUUUCAAGCAGCUCUCAGGCGAUCACGCUCACGGUGACAGCACCAUGCAUCAGGCAUUCAGUUAGUGGCCUGGGUGGGAUGAAGAGCCUCACCUGCACAAGGCACGGCACCACAGUCCAGAAGCCAGGUGCCUAUAUAAACCAGGCUGCUCUCACCACAACCGAUUCAGCUUUCCUCCUGAGAAACUGGUCGCAUACUUGUCUUGAGGGGGGGCAGCAGAAAUGGCUCUCGAGGUCGCGGAGAAGGGAGGGGUGUGGCGGCGGUACGCGCCGCACGUCCAGAUGACACUGGCGCAGCUGUGCUACACGCUCAUGUACUUCAUCACCGAGGCCUCCUUCAACCGGGGGCUCAACCCCUACGUCUACGUCACCUACCGGCAUCUGCUCGUCGCCGUCCUCAUCUGGCCCUUCGCCUACUACCAUGAGAGGGGGUUGAGGCCCAAAAUGACACUCAAGCUGUUCAUGGAGAUCUUUGUGCUGUCGCUUCUCGGGGUGAGCUUAACUCUGAACAUGUACUUCGCGAGCCUGAAGUACACAUCCCCAACGUUCGUCACUUCCAUGGUGAACACCAUCUCCUCCAUGACCUUCGUCAUCGCCAUCAUCCUCAGGAUGGAGAUCGUGGACGCCAAGAGCCUACGAGGGCUCGCCAAGAUCGCAGGGACCGUGGUGUCUUUCGCCGGGGUGACCACCAUGACCCUGUACAAGGGGGCGGUGAUCAAGAGCCUCUGGAAGUCGCCUAUCCACAUACACAGCGGCGGCGGCAGUGGCGGCGGCGUCGCGCAUGAGAGCUGGGUGAAGGGUUCAGUCCUCGCAGUGGCCAGCUGCAUAUGCUGGUCCAUCUGGUACAUCAUGCAGGCGUCAUCUCUGAAGAGGUACCCGGCCCAGCUCUCGCUGACGGCGUGGAUGUGCACGGUUGGGGGGAUCCAGUCAACUGUUUUCACGGUGUUCAUGCAGCACAAGCCGGAAGACUGGCUCAUCGGCUUCGGCCUCAAGUUCUGGUGCAUCGUGUACUCGGGGCUCGCCUGCAACGGCUUCACGGUCUUCGUCCAGCUGUGGUGCACCGAGAAGAAAGGCCCCGUCUUCGUGACCAUGUUCAACCCCCUCUCGACGAUCAUGGUGGCCAUCCUGGCCUACUUCAUCUUCGGCGAGAACCUAUACGUCGGAAGCAUCAUCGGAGGGGUGGUUGUGAUCCUGGGCCUGUACUUGUUGCUGUGGGGCAAGGAGAAGGACCAAGAGCACGGCGCUAGCAAAGAGCAGGAGCUCGAGCUGGACUGCGAGAAGCAGCAGCAGGCGAGGAAGGUGAGCGACGUCUACGCGGCGCAGCAGAGCGGAAGCGAAGCGCCCAGAACGAUGAAGUGAAGCGCCCAGAGCGGAUAGCUCAAGCACCGUGUGCCGCAAUCCAGUUCGGUUUUCUCAUGUACAGAAUCUCACCGAUUCUCACGUGAACUAUGCUGCAAUGCAGAGCCUCUGUUUGCUGUGCUGUGGCUGGUGGCUGGUGCUGAUUUGUUGUGAGAAAAAAGUACUACUGGUUGGUUGGUGUCUGCUGGCUGGUGCUGGUUUGGUGUGAGAGAAAAAUACUAUUGACUGGAUGCAGCGAACAAAAUGAGAAUUUCACCGUUUGUCUGGCUA